AUGGCGGUGAUUUUGAUGGAUAGAUUGGUGUUUUUACUCAAGCGGGACAGGCUGUCCUCCCCGGUCCCUGGAUACGGCGCCGUCGACAGUAGCGACAGCGACCAUGGUUACCACGGCAACGGCCACGGCAACCCUCAGUUUCCGGCGGUGACGACGGGCCGUUGGGUAGGGGCUGAACAGGGAGAGGAGGCCCUCCGCAGGAAGCUGAAAUACUUCUUUAUGAGCCCCUGCGACAAGUACCACGCCAAGGGCCGCAAGCCUUUCAAGUUGGGCCUGCAGCUGCUGAAGAUCGUCAUCGUCACCAUCCAGUUAGUGCUGUUUGGGCUGAGUAACCAGGUGGUGGUGACCUUCAAGGAGGAGAACACCAUGACCUUCAAACACCUCUUCCUCAAGGACUACGAUGAAGGUUCCGACAGCUCCUUUUCUGUGUACACACAGAGCGAUGUGUACGACCAGAUUUUCUAUGCCGUGGAGCAGUACCUGCAAUUACCGGAGACCACGGUGGGCCGCUAUGCGUACGUCUACGGUGUGGGGGUGAACAGCAGUGCCCUUUCCCUCUGCCAGCAAUACUACAAGAAGGGGCGCAUUGAUCCGGCCAACGACACCUUCAACAUAGACCCUCACGUUAUCACAGACUGCAUAGGAGUGAAUCCCCUGUCCAUCCCCUCGGGUCCUGUCACCAGUAACUACAGGAACUUUACCCUCAAGUUCCACAAGCUCAUUAACGUGACCAUAGAGUUCCAGUUGAAGGCCAUUAAUGUUCAGACCAUCAUUAACAGUGAGAUCCCAGACUGUUAUACGUUUUACAUAAUGAUAGUCAUGGACAACAAGGCUCACAGCGGCAAAGUGAAGAUCAGCCUGGAAAACCAGGCAUCCAUAAAGGAAUGUCGAGACCCCAGCGUGUCUGGACAGGUGGAGAGCUACAAACGCCUGGCGUUUGACGUGACGGUGGUUUUGGUGUGCAUGCUGUCGCUGGUCUUGUGCGGACGCUCCAUCCUGCGAGGCUUCGUGCUGCAACAUGAGUUUGUUCAGUUCUUUAAGGACAGCUUGGACCGUACGGUGUGCUGGGCGGACCGGCUGGAGUUCAUCAACGGCUGGUUCAUCCUGCUCAUCGUCAGCGACAUCCUCACCAUCACCGGCAGCUUCAUUAAAAUCGGCAUCGAAGCAAAGACUCUGUCCUCUUACGACUUGUGCGGUAUCCUGUUGGGGACCUCCACUCUUCUGGUGUGGGUCGGAGUCAUUCGCUAUCUCACCUUUUUCCAGAAGUACAAUAUCCUCAUCGUGACCCUGCGAGCAGCAUUCCCCAACGUGAUUCGGUUCUGUUGCUGUGUGGCCGUCAUCUACCUGGGAUACUGCUUCUGUGGCUGGAUCGUUCUGGGACCGUACCAUGUCAAGUUCCGCUCUCUCUCCAUGGUCUCCGAGUGCCUGUUCUCCCUCAUCAACGGGGACGACAUGUUCGUGACGUUCUCCGGGAUGCAGGAAAGCAGCACCCUGGUGUGGGUGUUCAGCCAGGUUUACCUCUACACCUUCAUCUCCCUCUUCAUCUACAUGGUGCUCUCCCUCUUCAUCGCUCUCAUCACCGGGGCCUACGAGACCAUCAAGCACCAGAGCCAGGAGCCCAUCCACAUCACGGACCUGCACGCCUUCAUAGCGGAGUGCACAGACGCGCCGAGCUCGGGGAAGUUCAGGGGCCUGGAAACCUCCCCCUGCUCCUUCUUUUGCUGCUGUGACAGAACGACGACGUAUGAAGACGUCCUCCUGGUGAACUGA